AUGGCGUGGUUCCUGAGAGGAGUCCAGUCGGCCGUCUUCCACUACGUCUCGUGCGCCCCUUGCAUACAAUAUGCAAGUCAGAAGAAGAGGCGGAAACAGGCAAAAGUGGAUAGAGAGGCAAGGAUGCAAUUAGAAAAGGAACAGCCAGGCGUAUACUCACAUCCAGAACCCACGGGUACCAAUCCAUUCUGGCAGGAAGAGAUAACUCUGGGGCCAGGUCCUCCGCCUCGCCGGGGGAAGAAAUCCAGCAGCCAGAGGGGCAUAGUAAGAGCUGGAACUCACAGCACCAUAGCCAGCCAAGGGUCGAGCAGCACCGAUGUCAACGACCAUGUGAGGCUAAGCGAGGAUACACUGGACGACGACAAUUGGAACCGCAAGCGCUACCAAAGGGAAGAUGAAUAUCUCUGGGGCCUGGACGGGCCGAUCCUUGCUAUUCGUUCUGCCACGACCCGGGCCUCAUCCAUCGGUAUUUCUGGCGUCAGUCGGCCGAGCAGCUCCUUGGGUUCUACCAAGAGCUAUUAUACCGCCCGUGUCCCCCCAGUGAACGAUCUUCACCCUCCCGUUGUCAGCUUGCCCUCUCCGAAUCCUGAAGGCAAUCAAUGGAUGCUCCAACCUCCACCCAAAGCUAGUGUCAUGAGUGGCAAAGAGAGGGCAACACGGAGUCGCAGUGGAAGCAGUGCGAGCAGUAGAGUUGAAUUGAGCCUACAACGGCAGGCAAGCGCGCGCAACGCAAGACACAGGUUGGAAUACGGUGCGGCUGCAGAGAUCUCCCCUAUAUCAAGGACAAACUCGUACAACAAUAGGUCUGCGGCGUUAUUGUCACCUAAUGCGCGACCACCGUCGGCAACCAGUUCACGGAGAAAGCAACGACGAGACACUGCAUGGUCUGUUCGUCCAGACCACGGGAUGUCAUCGGCAGGCAACUCCUCAUCUGAUACAAUCGCCCGACCAAAAAGGGCGCAGACCACGAAAGAUGUGUCCAACAUGGACAUCGUCCAGAUCCGUAGUAGCAGACAACGUCUCUCUACCGUCUUCUCCAGCGGAGAGGCACGGUCCUCUAACAAUGACUUUCUUACAGCCCCCGGAAACCGGAUUGGCAAUCGGCGGAUCAAAUGGGCGUCAACACAGCAACCAGACUCGAGUCCGUACUUGAUGAAGCACCGGGUCCCUCUUACUUCCUCUGACGUCUCUUCUCUCAACGCUUUACAAGACCUUGUUCCUCCACGUGCCCUGCUCAACAACCGAUUCGUCUCCGCACCACUGAUCGAAGCCCGGAUCAAGUUACCCCCGUCUAGUGCAGACGAAGAACGAACCUUGACUUCGGAUGACGAUGAGGAUUGGGCGGGAAGUCGCUUUGGAUCCGACCGGGAAUGGAGUGGGCAUAUGAACGGUCCCGUGCCGUUCGAUUCUUUGGGGCCGGCGGGGAGAGAUCCGAGAUUGCGGUGGAGCGUUGACUUCUAA